AUGGGAAGCUAGCCAAAUAAAAACAUGAAAAAUCAGAAAGACAUUGACUUAAAAGCUUAUGUAAAUAAUCAAACUCGACCAAGAUCUAUACCAAUUUGCCCAUAUAAUCCAUAUUUUUUUUAAUAAGCUUCUCUUACAUAAUAUAAUGUUACAAUAAAUAAUGUGCUGUUUUAAGUAGUAAAUCCUCCAGAAGACAAUGAUAGCAUUACUAUGGCUGAAAAUUUUGAUGAAGUCUGA